GGUUCUCAGGCCCGCGCGCAUCCGUUUUGAGGGUGCCGCAUUGCAAAUUUUAUUGCAUUUUCAAUAAAAUAAAAAGUUAAUAAUGCGGAGACCUAUCCGGAAAAAAAAAGUUCCCGCUUUCGGUUUUUUCAUUCAUCGAAACUCCUCGUGUAUAUGGUUUUACUUUCGCUUAUGAUGCGCAGCUUCCGGUGUACUCUUAAUCAUUAAGUCGCUUAUUUUCGUAUGGUGUAAAAACUUUAUGAUCCAAACGUCACGAUGAUAUAGACGAUACUAGUGAAAAUGUGGUCGAUGGAAAUUUUUGACUUAUAACGAAUCAAUAUGUCUGCUGUUUCGAUUUGUAUUCGCCAUGGAGCCCUUUUAAUUCUACCGUGGACUAUCAUCGAGGGUUUUUCCGAUGGAUGUUCUUUGUUAGACAUCUACGAGGGCGUGAAAUCGAUGAAAUUCGAUUUAGGAAGUUGGACCUUCCCAGAAAAAUUACUGGGUGCCUCCGUUUCUGUGUCAGUUGGUAAAAACAAGAACGAUUUGGACGCUGCAAUUAUAACCAACAAAGUAGCAUCAACCAUUCCAAUUUUUGGCCAUUACAUAAGAUACUCGCUUUCGGAAACAAAACCUGCUGACGAUUUAGCACUUUCUGCUGAAGAGAACAGAAAUACAGAAUAUCAGAAAGAGGAAAGACCCACACGAAAUAUCAACGAUGUUUUAGUUUCAAAUGCUCGUAAACUGCAGCUACCAGAACCAUUUUCUGAAGAUGCGAAAAUAACAAACAACAAGAGAGUAGUCUACAACAAGAUAUUAUACUUGCUAGGAAAUGCAGGUUUGGGGUUUACACCAAUGACAUUGAAUGAAGGUAAAGAUUUUAUCAAUGCCUUAACAAAUUGCAUCUGGGCGAUAGAUCCAUUUAUUGACACUCUUAGGGAGCGUUGUUUUGCUAUGCCAAUUUUGUUUGAAAAUCUUUUGGGUUACAAUGUUCCUGAAAACCACAAACAUAAGAAAAGUGAAUUGAGUCAAUCAACUCUGCUUUCCUUAGCAGGCCAUUUGGAUGCAUGUUUAGAGAAACCUUGGAUUUCUAAAGUAAUGUGGGCACCUAUCAAAGUUGCUACUCAAACAUUAUCAGAUAGCAUGCACAAGUAUAUUGAUUAUUUGAAGAAGAAAGCAGAACAAGUGAAUCAGAACAGACAACUUAUGUUUCCUGUGAGAAGCAUGGAUGAAACUAAGAGUGUAACUGUCAUACGACCUAGCUAUGUUGUUAAGCCUGGGGCCGCGUCUCGUUAUAGAGCUCUUGUAAACUCUGUUCAAAAGCUAGAAAUAUACAAGCCAAUCUGUUUGGAUGAAUACACACCACAGAACACAAGAGAACGACAAUAUUUUUUAGACAAUAUGAAGCAUGGAUUACCUUACAAAUGUGUUCAUUUGAAAUUUAGUGCAGGCAAUAACCUUGGAUCACACAAUUUUCUGUGGAAAAUUCCAGGUGGUGUUUCAGAAACAGAUAGUGAUGUUAUGCAAAAGAACUCUGACGUCAUACAAAACUUGAGCAAAGACCUUCCAGAAUAUCACACUCGUGCGAUGAGAAGAGCAUUUAUGAGUAAGGCCUCUUUACUGUGCAGUUUGAAGACAAGUGAUGCAAGAUACAUUUACAAGUCUUUAGCAGGGGAUUGCAGUUUGGCAGAAAAUGAAACAGAAAAAGCAGUAGACUUAAGAGUGCAACAGGCUUUUGAAAUGGAAGAUCCGGAUAUAAUUACAGAUCUUAGACACCAUAACACAGGGCAACCUUCCAGAUAUGAAACUUUUUUUAACCAUGCUAAGCAGUACAUAGAAAAUGUUGUAGAAACUGCAGUUGAUGAACGCAGACAUGACCAGUUCACACAUAUGGCCCAAGCUAUGUCCGUUCCAGAUCUCCUACAUCAAGUUAAGGAAAUUUGCCCAGAAAAUACUCCUAUUCCAUCCGAACAAUGGCUGCGCUUACAGUUUGCUCCAAAAAACCCUUCAGCUGUUACCUCACUGCAGUUCACUGGAAAUCUAAAAGUGAAAUUUCAAGUCCAAAGUCGACAGCUUCGAAAGUCGCAUAUUGAUCUCCAUUAUGCAUCAGCGACAUUUAGGUACCUGAAAGAGUUUGCAGUCAAGUUUAGAGACUUUUGUGUUCUUGUGGCUAUGGAUGAUAAACACCACUGCAAAGUUGGAGAACCAGGACACCCAGUGGCAGCAGUGGAGAGGGGAAAGAGAGUUGUUGUUGGUGCAGAUCAAGUCUUUGCUGUCUCCGAUCAUGAUUUCACCAAAUUCAGUAUUGUGCCAAGUGUAACAAUGUUGAUAGAUAUACCAGAAUCUGUGAAUGAAGGGUCCUUCUAUAGAGGCCAAGUUUAUGUUGGUGUGAAGGAUUUAGCGUUGGAACCUUCCAGUCCCUUGCGUCAUAUUACAGAGCUGAAGGACAUUUUGACCAAUGAAGAACUGACAAAGCCAAUAUUGUGUCUUUAUACAGAUGGUGGUCCAGAUCACAGACUUACCUAUCUUUCUGUCCAACUGUCCAUCAUUUGCUUAUUUCUUAGUGGAAAUUAUGACAUGAUUGUAGCAGCUAGGACACCACCAAUGGCAUCUUGGAAAAACCCACCAGAACGUGUUAUGUCCAUAUUAAAUUUAGCACUUCAAGCUGUUGGUUUAAUGAGGAAAGAAACCUCAGCAGAAACUGAGCAGAAACUGAAAUCAGCCAGUGGACUUCAGCAGCUUAGGGACAUUGCAAAAAAUCCAAAAUUCCGUGAUGACAUGGUUGACUCGAUUGAACCAGUAAAGGUACUUCUGUCUCAGCUUUUCAAGCGACUCUACCUAAAAGAGAAACAAUUCAAGUUGUUCACUGCUUCUUCAGAAGAAGAAAUGGAAGACCUUUGGGGAGAAUUGAGCAAGUUUGGAAACCUACCUGUCGGAAAAAAGCAAAUUGAGUUGAAGCAAAGUUUGAAGGAUUGCCCAAAACUUGCAGAGUUUAUUGAUCACUGCUGUGUAUCCAAGACUUACUUCUUUACUGUGAAGAAAUGUGGUUCUAGUGACUGUCAGAUAUGUUUGGCCCCAAGAUUGCCUAUUGAUAUUUUUAGCCAGUUAUACAACUUUCCUGAUCCAGUGCCAGGAGAAGAAGGACACUACAAGGAGUUCAGUGAGGUUUUUGGAACCAAUACUACAGAUGAACACUGUCCUUCUUUAUCAACAAAACGAGCACAAUCAAUUGCAAGCAGUCAUGGAAUUCCAUUCAGUCCAUCUGCUCAGACUGCUAAAACAGUGAAACAAACAGUAACUUGCAUAGAUUGCCAGAAACCCAGAGUCAUAUAUAGUGCUACUAAACUUGGUGCCCAGGAAAGUGCCUUGCUUACCAAAAUCAUUGGACUUUAUCAGUUUUCAUGCGGGUCCGAACUUCAGGAAUUAAAACCUGAGAACCCCGACAAAGCACAUCGUAUUUGUGCUCUCUUAGACAAAGUUUACGUGCGAUCAAAUUUGGGCUGUGUAGCGCCAAUUGAGACCCCUUACUACAGCUCUGGUGCAUUUCCCCCAAUAUGUUUUCACUGUGGGACACAAGACCCAGACACAGAAGAAGGACAAUACCCAAUGUGUCCUGAAUGUGUUGCUUCGCAACGACAGCCUCCGUUAAAGCGGAAGAAUAUUCAAAAAUUGAGAUCAAAGAAGCAAAAAACAAAAUAAUAAAAACCAGUUCACAUAUAAAAGAGUUGAUGUUUUUUAUUUGACUUAAAUAUUAAACAGCAUUGUUGUAUUUUGAAAGAUGGACUGUAUUUUCUGAAUGUUCAUUGGUUUUUGUUUAUCUGUUAAAAUAUUUAAUAGAUAUCCUUUAUUAAAUAACUAAACAGCAACUUGAAAAAAAAAAUUCUUGUUUUUCAAAUUUUACGUUGUUAAUUUCUUUCUCAAAUAAAAAAAAGCCUCCCUCGUCUGUUUUUUUGCCAAUAAAAAAGAAAAAAAAAAGCCUCCCUCCCUCAUCUAUUUUUGCAAAAUUUGGCCUGAGAACCAGAGAAUUA